AUGAUGAUAACAAUUAGGAAGGAAGUUAGUGAUCAAAUAGCCAAACUAAAAUCCGAGUUCACCGUAACGACAGAUUUUCUUGCGAAGGAGCAAAGAGACGUAAAAGCUGAAAUUAAGACGUUGUCAGACAAGGUCCGCAAGUUUGAAGAUGAAAAGACGCAACUACAAUCCGAAUUAUCCCAAAUGAAUAAAACUCUGCAGGUCUUAGAAAAAGAAAAUCACAACAACAAAUCCUCAAGAAACUGCAACAUUGAAAACCAGUCGGAACUGGAUAAUGCUGCUUCUGUUACGCAGGAAUACGGAGAGCAAAUUAAUGCUAUUGAAGAAACCGCUCUUGUCACGCAGCAUGUCAAUGAUAAUACUACAGUAACGCAAAGGCCAUGGUCACAAAAGCGAAAAAAUACACAGCGCCAAUCUCCCCAACAAACUUCACAAUUUGAAAAAGAAUUGUUAGUUUUGUUAAGCAAACAGACCCCUGACCUCAGUAGUGAUGACCUGGCUUUCUUUUCUUCGUUGGGCCCAAUUUUGAAUAGUUUUGAUCUUUAUCAAAAGUUGGAGUUUCGUACAAGAGUCUUAAAAGUAGCUAAGGAUAUUCAAAAUAUGUACCAAACACCUAGCAGUAUAUUAACGUCAAUAGAAAAUGUCACUUCUCCUGAUGAAUAUAGGCCCCAUACGAGUACAUUGCAGACACCAAACGACUACCAGACCGAAACGGCAGGAUAUCAAACACAAAUGGCAGGGUAUCAGACACAAACAGGAUAUCAGACAACCAAUAAUUCUGUGUGUGAUGAUAAUGAACAUCAAUAA